GAUAUUUCGACAUUCUCGAUUAGUGAUGAGUUCGCACUGAUUACGCAACGUUCUAGUGGCAGUUUGUGAAUUGCGGUAGGCGGACGUAAAAAUGGCAAAGAUUUUCCCGACAAAUUGCCGAAAUGUCAUUCGACAGGUUCGUGGAUUGCAUUCAUCCACGGUCCAAAAUGCUGAAGCCAGAUUGAAGACUUUCAGCAUUUACCGAUGGAAUCCCGACAAGCCUGAUGAGAAACCGGACAUGCAAGAUUACAAAGUUGACUUGAAUUCUUGUGGUCCCAUGGUAUUAGAUGCUUUGAUUAAGAUUAAAAAUGAGGUCGAUCCAACUUUGACUUUCCGCCGUUCAUGUCGGGAGGGAAUCUGCGGUUCUUGUGCAAUGAACAUCGGUGGAACGAACACUCUUGCCUGUAUUAGCAAGAUUGACACAAACCUUAGCAAGAGAACCAAGAUCUAUCCAUUGCCUCAUAUGUAUGUCGUAAAAGACUUGGUGCCAGACAUGAACCACUUUUACUCUCAGUACCGCAGUAUACAGCCAUGGCUCCAACGUAAAGAUGCUAAAGAAAGUGGUACUCAGCAAUACCUGCAAAGUGUUGACGAUCGUAAAAAGUUGGAUGGUCUAUACGAGUGCAUUUUAUGCGCGUGCUGCAGUACUUCUUGCCCGUCUUAUUGGUGGAAUGGAGACAAAUAUUUAGGCCCGGCAGUUUUGAUGCAGGCUUACCGGUGGAUCAUCGACUCAAGAGAUGAUUUAUCCAAGGAACGUCUCGAGAAACUAAGAGACCCGUUCUCAGUCUACCGUUGCCAUACAAUUAUGAAUUGCAGUCGAACAUGCCCUAAGGGGCUGAAUCCUGGUAAGGCAAUUGCAGAGAUAAAGAAGUUGUUAGCUGGUGUUAUAGAAAAGGGUGAACCGGGUCUCAACACUACUGCUCUGCACAAUUGAGUAUUGCUUGUAGGAAUUAGUCAGAUAUAAGAGUUAUUUGUGCACAGUAUUGUCGUGCAUAGACGUAUAAAUGUGCAAGCAAUGUAUACGUAUACCAUGGUAUGUAUGCAUGUAUUUAUAUAUGUAUGUACAUAAAAUAUCAAAAGCAUCACUAAAGUGAUUCGGUACUUUUUGAAAUGUUAAUUUUUCUCCAGUUAUAAUUUAAACUUAUUGUAACGCUCUUCUGACAUACUUAUACUCUAUGUUUGAUGGAUACGUAGAAAAAACUUACAAUUUCACGAUUGUUACGUCGGCAUACUUGUUAUUAACGAAUCCGUGUAAAAUUUCUACAAAGUUAAUGACCAGUAUUAAUAUGCAAUGAACAUUACUUAUUUAUCAUAAGGUGAAAUUUAGUUCUAUGAGUAACGGUAUAAAAAUAAAUUAACCGUGUAUUGAGAUUCAAAGAUUGUAAUUUAUUAUUUGAAAUAUAACAUUCUUGUAAGAUA